GAAAGCAGCUUCGCCACCUGGCUGCACAGAGACGCCACCGUCAGCUUCGCGAGAGGGAAGGACUGUAGAAUCCGGUCCUCCUGCGUGGGGCGCUUCUGAGGCUCUGGGGACGUCGCCCUAGUGGGGAAGAGCGACAGCGGACGCAGCAACCGGUGGUAAAACCGCUGGAGCUCAGGCUCGUGCUUCGGAGGCUCCAUCUUACGGCCUGCGGCUGCCACCGUCGGCUAACAGAAAGCGGAGUGGUUACUAAGGCAACCAGGAGCCCGAGGGCCCGAGUGCGCCUGCGCGGCCGCCACCCGGCGGCUGACGGGGCAGGGCAUUGCGUGCGCACGCACUAGGAGGCGGAGUUAAGGGUGUCUUUCGAGAGUCAGUCCCGGCGACGCCGCGCUGGUUGGUGCUCCUGCGCCUGAAGAGUUCUGCGUUUCGGGCUGGUGGUGACUGGGUCCAGAAUGGCUUCGGACUCGGGGAACCAGGGGACCCUCUGCACGUUGGAGUUCGCGGUGCAGAUGACCUGUCAGAGCUGUGUGGACGCGGUGCGCAAGUCCCUGCAAGGGGUGGCAGGUGUCCAGGAUGUGGAGGUGCACUUGGAGAAUCAGAUGGUCUUGGUACACACCACUCUGCCCAGCCAGGAGGUGCAGGCUCUCCUGGAAGGCACGGGGCGGCAGGCAGUACUCAAGGGCAUGGGCAGCGACCAGUUGCGUAAUCUGGGGGCAGCAGUGGCCAUCCUGGGAGGGCCUGGCACCGUGCAGGGGGUGGUGCGCUUCCUACAGCUGAGCCCUGAGCGCUGCCUCAUCGAGGGAACUAUUGACGGCCUGGAGCCUGGGCUGCAUGGACUCCAUGUCCAUCAGUAUGGGGACCUCACAAACAACUGCAACAGCUGUGGGGACCACUUUAACCCUGAUGGAGCAUCUCAUGGGGGCCCCCAGGACUCUGACCGGCACCGCGGAGACCUGGGCAAUGUCCAUGCUGAUGCUGACGGCUGCGCCAUCUUCAGAAUGGAGGAUGAGAAGCUGAAGGUGUGGGAUGUGAUUGGCCGCAGCCUGGUUAUUGAUGAGGGAGAAGAUGACCUAGGCCGGGGAGGCCAUCCCUUAUCCAAGAUCACAGGGAACUCUGGGCAGAGGUUGGCCUGCGGCAUCAUUGCACGCUCUGCUGGCCUCUUCCAGAACCCCAAGCAGAUCUGCUCUUGCGAUGGCCUCACCAUCUGGGAGGAGCGAGGCCGGCCCAUCGCUGGCAAGGGCCGAAAGGAGUCAGCCCAGCCCCCUGCCCACCUUUGAGCAGGACCUCACCUUGGCUCUGUUGCUGUCCUCCAGGGCGAGCACUUUCCUCUUCCAGAGGGGGCCAGAGGGACAUUGCCUGCCCAGUCUUUGGAGAGCUCAGUACAGGGCAGGAGCUGCUGCGGUGUUCCCUUGGCAAAUGAGUUUUAUUUUCAUUUGGGA